GAGGAAGCCUUAUCGUCUCUGUCUGCUAUGAAGAAUGUCUUCCUUCUUCCGCUCCAGACAGAAGCUUUUUUCGAGGACACACCUCUGCUCUCAUGGUAUCGUAAGGCAAAUCCAGCCCAGGAAAGGUACUGGCUUAUUGUCACCUCCGACGCUAGCCGGCUUGCACUCGUCUGGAAAUACGGUGGGAUCUAUAUGGACACGGAUGUCAUCUCCAUCAAGCCUAUUUUGCUGGAAAACUUCCUGACGGCCGAGGAUUUCCAGUGGUCCAGCAGUGGCAUUUUUGGCUUUUCUCGCCAUCACAAGUUCAUGUGGGAUUGCAUGGAGGAUUUUGUUCAAAACUACAGAGGAGACAUUUGGGGCUACCAAGGGCCCAGGUUACUGACAAGGAGGCUCAAGGCGUUGUGCCCCGUAACCACUUUCCAUAACGUGGAGGAUGUAAACUGUCAGAAUAUUUCCUACUUACACCCUCAGCGUUUCUACCCCAUCCCCUGCGCACAAUGGCAUCGGUACUUCGAGGUCUGGGAGAAAAGCCCCGAGUUCAACAACUCCUACGCUCUGCAUCUGUGGAAUCACAUGAACCGGGAGCACAAGCGUGUGGUUGCAGGAAGUAACACCUUAGUGGAAAAUCUCUUCAAAACAUACUGCCCCACCACGUACAAGGUUCUUAUUCAGGGCCCAGACGGCAGUGGUCCAUAGGCAACAAAUGAAGACCGAAUGACGGCAUUAGCAGAAUGAAGCCCUUACGGACCUGGGACUAAAUCAAUUGUGCACAACACAU